UGAAGUGGAACGAGGGCGUUAGUGUGUGUGGUGAAGUGGAGUGAAGUGUAUCACCUUCAGGAGUCUGCUAGAGAACGUCGCGGAUGCCGAGGAACCGGGAAACAUGAGGAAAAGAAAGGGUGCGCUGGGGUCCCGCAGGCGGCCGCGGCGCUACGCCCAUAUCAAAGAAGGACUGCCAUUCAGUGAACAUAGUCUACUCUAUGCGAGGUGUUAGCUGCUACGAAGCUGGCCGCCAUGAAUUUGAUCAACAUGGACGCGGAGAACCGCGUCGUCCUAAACGUCGGGGGCAUCCGCCACGAGACAUACAAGGCGACGCUCAAGAAGAUCCCGGCGACGCGGCUGUCCAGGCUCACGGAGGCACUCGCCAACUACGACCCCAUCCUCAACGAGUACUUCUUCGACCGCCACCCUGGAGUCUUCGCCCAGGUCCUCAACUACUACAGAACGGGGAAGCUUCACUAUCCAACGGACGUGUGCGGACCCUUGUUCGAGGAGGAGUUGGAGUUCUGGGGGUUGGAUGCCAACCAGGUGGAGCCUUGCUGUUGGAUGACCUACACGCAGCAUCGAGACACCCAGGAGACCCUUGCUGUUCUGGACAGGCUGGACCUGGACACAGACAAGCCGAGUGACGAGGAGAUGGCCAGGAAGUUCGGGUUCGAGGAGGACUACUUCCAGGGCACACUCUCCUGGUGGCAGAGGCUCAAGCCGCAACUUUGGUCCCUCUUUGACGAGCCUUACUCCUCCAACACUGCCAAAAUGAUCGGGAUAAUCUCGGUGUUCUUCAUCUGCGUGUCGAUCUUGUCGUUCUGUCUCAAGACUCAUCCCGACAUGAGGGUUCCAGUGAUUGUCAAUAUCACGGUCAACACGUCUCACAACACGGCCGGCUGGACCCUGGACAAGACACAGACCAACGCGCACGUCGCCUUCUUCUACAUCGAGUGUGUCUGCAACGCGUGGUUCACUCUGGAGAUCCUGAUACGCUUCGUCGCUUCUCCCAACAAGUGCGACUUCAUCAAGGCGUCCGUCAACAUCAUAGACUACAUCGCCACUCUCAGCUUCUACAUAGAUCUGACUCUGCAGCGAUACGCGUCGCACCUCGAGAACGCGGACAUUUUAGAGUUCUUUUCGAUAAUAAGAAUCAUGAGACUGUUCAAGCUCACGAGACACUCUUCGGGUCUCAAGAUCCUCAUACAAACGUUUCGCGCGUCGGCGAAAGAACUCACCCUUUUAGUGUUCUUCUUAGUGUUGGGUAUAGUGAUCUUCGCGAGUUUAGUUUACUACGCGGAGAGGAUACAGGCGAACCCCCACAACGACUUUAAUAGUAUCCCGCUGGGCCUGUGGUGGGCACUGGUCACCAUGACGACGGUGGGCUACGGUGACAUGGCGCCUAAGACGUAUGUGGGAAUGUUCGUGGGAGCUCUGUGCGCGCUGGCGGGAGUGCUGACGAUAGCGCUGCCCGUACCAGUCAUCGUCUCCAACUUCGCCAUGUACUACUCGCACACGCAGGCGAGGGCCAAGCUGCCCAAGAAGAGACGUAGAGUGUUGCCGGUGGAGCAGCCACGGGGCCCUAGACUGCCCGGACAGGCCGCCACACCCGCGGGAGGGCCCGGGGGCCCUGGCAUACCCGGCACCACCCCCACGGGGGGCCCCGUCUCCGUGCAAAACCGACGGAUGAAUGCCAUUAAAGCGAAUCACCCGAAAGACAUUAUGGGACCAAAAAUGGAAAAUGAGCGCCGAAACUCAAACUUUCGUACGAAUGGAACGAAAAGUGCGCAAUUGGUCGGGGAUUCCAAUGGGUAUGACCAUGACCUUGAACCCCAACGGUGUAGGAGUGAAGGUCGAACCCGUCAAGAGCGCCCUCGGACCCUCGAUACUUCAGGCUUGAUGUCAUAGGUUGUGUGUACCUUAAGAAACUAUUAACUAAAUAGGUGCUGAAAUUCUAUUAACAUAUUUUUUCUUCAAUGUUGAAAUGAGUUCUAAAGUUUAUAUUUUUCUCACGCUCAGACGUUUUACACAUUAGUGGUUAAGAGGGAAUUUACGAGCGAAUGUGACAAUUGUGUGAAAGUUUUUGAUUAAGAGUGGAAGAUUUUAGAUUUAAAAGUGGUUGCGGGUACGUAGUGCGUGUUGAAUAAGUUUGUAAAAUGAACACAUAAACACAAAAACGUAUAACAAUGUUAUUAGCAACACACAUAAUAGGAUUUUCAGAUGUUAUUCUAGAAAAGCUUCUGUAUUCAUAAAACUUAAAUCCAUUAUUAUUCAUUUUAGACAUAUACGCCCUACAGGCAACCUAUAAUUCUUCAUAAUUUGAAUCUGGACUUGAGGUUAGCAUACUUUUGCUUUGAUAUUGUACCUUACAAAUUAAAUAGCGCUUUACAGAGUGUUACAAAUGUUGAAAUAAAAACAUUCACCUGAAUACACAAUCACAUGAAGCCAUGAAAUAAAAACACACUAUACUACAUCAGAAGAGAAAUUCAAUGUAAAUUUUGUAAAGUAAUACGAGCGUUUAAAACGUGUUCGGAUUCGUAUCCCGUAAGGCAUCGUAUUAUACAUCGUACUAUAAAUAGGCUCAAAAUCGUCGACGUUGAUUACCAUUUGUCAAAAACUGAAUCAAAUAUAUAAAUCUAAAUUAAUUUUUGGACUAGAAUAAUAUUUGUUUAGUUCGUUGUUU